UGUCAAGACAACAGAUAAACUGUCGCCUGAAACAUGGCGGAGCUGAUAAAACUACUAAGUGAAGUUGAAGAAUUCAAAAAGGAAUACUUCUACAGAAACAGCCAAGCUGAAGAGAACAGACAGAAGGAUAACCAGGCCGCUAACCGGGCUUACCUCAGCAAUCUGCACAAGAAGGCAAUCAUUAUACAGAAGAUAUGGCGGGGCUUCACAGCAAGGGCACGUUUCAGACAAAUGGUGAAGGCGGCAUAUUUUAUCAUGAAGAUGAAUUUCUACGAGGAGAUGGCGGUCAGGAUCCAGCGGAGAUGGAGAGGAUUCUUCGUGAGGAAGAAUAUUCACAAUUUCUACGCACGCAAGAGCUAUCUGGAAGGACUUUCCAGGAAAAACAAACUUGUCAGGAGGGAGCUGGAUGAACUUGAGGAACUCCAGAAGAGAGAGAGAGACUGUCUGGAGAUGGUAAAAAAGCAGACGGCCAAGGUCUACCAAGCUCACCGGUUACACCACCUCAUCAGUACGAAGCAGUGCCCCGGGGUCUUCAACUCUCCAUUUAGGCCAGCCCCCCAUGAGAUGGAACUACUGCUGAGGCAGGUCAAGUACCAUGCCCCCACCAGGCUGGCCCCCAGGGGCAGGGCUUGUCUCUUGAGCCUGCCUGGUCCAAGAGCCUCCAGUUUCCCUGGGACUCUUGGAUCCCCAUGGGUCAAAACCACUGGAACCGCCUUCUCCUCCAGGCCUACACUGCCCCCCAUUGCCAGCAAGAAACAGCAGGGUCUGUUCAGAGAGCCAGGGGAAGUGUGGGAGCAGCGCGUGCAUUGUCCUGACCUAACGUCACGUCUGCAGACCUCUUACACACACCUGGAGGAGGCCCAAAAUCAGCUUCGACAACACAUGUCCAUAAGACUCCCCGCUGGCAAAUUAGGAACAGGAAGUAUGCUCCAUCAUCUGAGCCACAGCAGCACUUACUUUACUCAGCCGGCCUUCUCCAAAAGCUUCAGAUAGUAGAUUACACACUGACUCCAAGAGGAGACGUUGAAGACGGUGUUCGUCACCUACAACGUCUUUGAUAAGUGUGCUCAACUGUACUCCUUCUGGCCUGAGAAAAUGAAGAAAAAAUGAAGAUUGUUUAUUAUAUGUAUUAUAUUGUGUGUUAUUUCAGUGCCUGCUAUGUUCAUGUGAACAAUGUCAUGUUCAGUGUUGUCGGCCAAAUUAGGGUUCACAUCAGGGAACACACUUAAAAUGUCAGUUGCAUGUCCAGAAUGUGUGUGAAUUUGAGUCACUGAAAGGGAAUGUGCAACAAAAGUGUAAUCUGGUGACUCAUUCUGAGAGACAGCAUGUACGCCUGUAGGCAGUGAUAGUGUCAGCAGUGGAAAAGAUACAAACCAGUUCAUCCACGCUGUUCCCAAACAGCUCUGUACUGUUAAAUAUGCUUACUGGGGCCACUGGAGACUGUAUAUUAACAUAAACAUGGUGUCUGUUGUAACUAAGUGUGGAUUCUGUAUUGUAUUGUAUUAUUUUCAUUAGCAGAAGUCCAGUGUCCUUUCCAGCAAUAAAAGGCUCUAACACUUUAAA